CUCCUUGGAGUAUCUGAAGUCCAUAUGGCUAUGUAUGAUGAAGAUAUCUUGAAAAAUCCCUUUUAUUUGGCCAUUCAGAAGCGGCGUCCUGAUCUAUGCAGCAAAGUUGCAGAACUCCAUGGUAUUGUGUUAGUUCCAUGCAAAGGAAGCCUUUCAAGCAACAGUCUUGCUACCUGCCAGUUUGAAUCUUAUGUUCUGAAGCCGCUAGAAGAAAAUUUUCAGACCUUAAAUGGAAAGGAGAUCUUCAUACGAGGAAACCUCAUCAUUUUAGGAACUGGUUUUAAUUACCACCUGUCAGUACCUGUUCUUUUUGAGGAAACAUUUUACAAUGAAAAAGAAGAAAGCUUUAGUAUACUGUGCAUAGCUCAUCCAUUGGAAAAAACAGAAAGCUCAAGUGAAUCCACAGCUGCUUCAAACUCCUAUUCUCUUAAAAAUAUUGAAGAUGUUAGAGAAUUCUUGGGAAGGCACUGUGAAAGAUUUGAUAAAUACAUAGGAUCUUUCUAUAGAACAUUUAAAGAACACGAAAGGAAAAGCCUCCGCCACUACAUAGAUUCUGUCAAUGCACUUUAUACCAAAUGUCUCCAGCAUCUUUUGAGAGAUUCGCACUUGAAGAUGCUUGCAAAGCAAGAAGAGCAGAUGAAUCUGAUUAAACAAGCAGUUGAAAUAUAUAUCCAUCAUGCUAUUUAUGAUCUAGUCUUUAAGUAUGUGGGGACUAUUGAGGCAAGUGAGGAUGCUGCUUUUAACAAAAUCACGAGGAGCCUUCAAGACCUGCAGCAAAAAGACAUUGGAGUGAAGCCUGAGUUCAGUUUUAAUAUACCACGGGCAAAGCGAGAACUGGGUCAGUUGAACAAAUGUACGUCCCCUCAACAGAAGCUACUUUGUCUACGAAAAGUGGUACAAAUUAUUAUGCAAUCUCCUAGCCAAAGAGUUAACAUGGAAACCAUGUGUGCAGAUGAUCUUCUCUCUGUUUUGCUGUAUUUACUUGUAAAAACAGAAAUACCAAACUGGAUGGCCAACUUGAGUUACAUAAAGAACUUCAGGCUUUGCAGUUCAGUGAAGGAUGAAUUGGGAUACUGUCUAACCUCAAUUGAGGCUGCAAUAGAAUACAUACGACAAGGCAACCUCUCUGACAGAUCAACAGAAUCUGAGAGACUGUGUGACAAGCUGCUUUUAAGACAAAGGAUGAACUUGUUGUCCCAGAUGUCUGCUACUCCAAUAGACUGCUUAUUUAAGCAUAUUGCUUCAGGUAAUCAGGAGGAAGUGGAGCGAUUACUAAGUCAAGGUGACAGUGAUAAGGACACUGUACAGAAAAUGUGUCAUCCACUCUGUUACUGUGACAAAUGUGAGAAGCUAGUAUCUGG